UGGGAAAAAUCAAAACAUGAAUCUCUAUCUUGUUACACUUUUUUCAGGCUUUGUAAAACUUAAUAAUACUGUACUCAACAAAAUCUUUUUUUUUCCCAGUCCCAAAGAGGACAUUAAUAAAAAAUACCAAAACAUGAAUCUCUAAUCUAUAUCCAAAUAUCUACCUCAAUUUUAUAAAAACACAGAGCUCACCUGAGCCACUAUUUAUUAUAUUUUCCUCAUUGUUUUUUUUUCUUUCUCCAGUAAAUCAUAUUUGGAUUCUUGGUGAAAAUAGGGUUAAAGAGAAAGUCCCGAAGUUUCAGCGUUACGUAGGAUUUUCAGCAACAUAUAAAAUCUGGAAUAUUUGUUCUCUCUCUUUGUUCCUGUCUCUAUAUCAUCUGAGCUUUUCAUAUUCAAAUUUUGAGGUACAUUUAUUCAAAACAAAAACUUUUGAGGUACAUUACUGUCUCUGUUUAUCUUUCUUUCUCUCAUAUAAAGAAAAGAGAGAGGAGGAGUUUAAAUGUUUUUCUUCAAUAUUAUGAUUUUUGGAAUUAGAAUUUGUUAAAUUUAUACUAAUUCCUGAAUUUAGACAUGGUAUACAAAACAGCGAGAGAAAACCAGGCGUUUCGCCUUCUUUAAUUUGCAUUUUUUUUGUGAGAUUAUUUUUAACUUAUGUUAAAAAGAAAUUUCAAGCUGGGGCAUUCAAUUUUGUUAUAUAAUUUUUUGAAAUAUGUGUCAUCAUCACGUGUAUCGGAUGUUGGAUAUUUGGAGUUAUAUCAUAGCCGUUUUGCAAAAGUUCAAUUUCUGUUAGCUGUAUAUAUAUAUAUAUAUAUAUUCACUAAAAAUUCUAAUUUGAUAGUUAAGAACUUAUAAUUCAAUAAUCUCUCUCUGUGUUUCUUGAUUCAUCAAAACGGUACGGAGAAGAACGAGGAGGGUGACAAGAGAAAAUGGUCGCAUUCGGGAAGAAGCUCAAGGAAAGAAGCAUUGAAGAAUGGCAAGAAUAUUACAUCAAUUACAAAUUGAUGAAGAAGAAAGUGAAGCAAUAUGGUCGACAAAUUGAAGUAGGAAGUCUAGAUCGUCGCCAUGUUCUUAAAGAUUUCUCAAGGAUGUUGGAUCAUCAGAUAGAGAAAAUCUCUCUUUUCAUGCUGGAGCAACAAGGUUUGCUUUCAAGUAGGUUGCAGAAGCUAAGGGAAUGUCAUGAUGCACUCCAAGAUGAGCCUGACAUAUCUCAGAUAUCUAAUCUAAGAGAGGCUUAUAGAUCUGUGGGACAAGAUCUUCUCCAGCUUCUGGUUUUCAUCGAUACGAAUGCUAUUGGUAUCCGUAAGAUACUGAAGAAAUUUGAUAAAAGAUUUGGCUAUAGAUUCACAAACUAUUAUGUCAAGACUCGUGCUGAUCAUCCUUACUCUCAACUCCAGCAAGUGUUCAAACAUGUGGGUCUUGGAGCUGUUGUUGGAGCCAUAUCUCGAAACCUUCACGAGCUUCAAAACAAUCAAGGAAGCUUCUUAUCAAUUUAUGAUCAGCCUGUUGUUCCUCUUCAGGAUCCUGUGGUGGAUUCAAUCAAGAAUGCAGUGGACAGGCUAACACGUUCAACAAACUUCCUUAAUUUCAUGGCUCAACAUGCUCUAAUCAUGCAAGACGAAGAUUUACUGAUUCAUGAAGAUCAAGCGGAUCAAGAAGAAGGGAGAUAUCACUUCAUGUCGCUCUUGUUAAACUUGGCAAACACGUUUCUCUAUAUGGUCAAUACAUAUAUCAUUGUUCCUACAGCAGAUGAUUACUCCAUGAGCCUUGGAGCUGCCGCAACGGUUUGUGGAGUUGUGAUUGGUGCAAUGGCUGUGGCUCAGCUCUUCUCUUCGGUUUACUUCAGCGCCUGGUCCAACAAAUCAUACUUCAAACCACUUAUUUUCAGCAGUAUUGUUCUUUUUGUUGGGAACCUAGUUUAUGCUUUGGCUUAUGACUUCAAUUCAUUAGCUCUUCUAUUGAUUGGCCGGCUAUUCUGUGGAUUUGGUUCAGCAAGAGCAGUGAACCGGAGAUACAUAAGCGAUUGUGUGCCUUUGAAGAUCCGGAUGCAGGCUUCAGCCGGUUUUGUUAGUGCAAGUGCUUUAGGAAUGGCUUGUGGUCCUGCUCUUGCCGGUUUACUGCAAACCAAUUUCAAGAUCUACAAUCUUACCUUUAACCAGGAUACACUACCCGGUUGGGUUAUGGCUGUUGCUUGGCUUAUGUACUUGGUCUGGUUAGCUAUUUCUUUCGUGGAACCAGCACGUGACCCUGAAGAGGUUCAUACUUCACAAGAAUCUAACUCCGCUGAUCAAGAUGGAAACAUGGAGAAGGGGAUUACAAAACAGCUAUUACUUGCACAAGAAGAAACAGAACAUGAUGAUGAAGAUGACUGCGAUGGAAGUGAAGAGUCUGCUGAAGAUUCACGUAAACCUGCUAACUCCUUUGUAGCUGCAUACAAACUACUCACUCCUUCAGUGAAGGUUCAGUUGUUGAUAUACUUCAUGCUCAAGUAUGCAAUGGAGAUUCUUUUAUCAGAAUCAAGUGUGGUUACCACAUACUACUUUGGUUGGUCCAUGAGUUCUGUUUCAAUCUUCUUGUUCUGUCUUGGUCUAACUGUUUUACCGGUUAACCUCGUUGUUGGAAGCUAUAUCAGCAACAUGUUUGAAGAUCGGCAAAUUCUUCUUGCAUCAGAGAUUAUGGUCUGUGUUGGAAUACUUCUCAGCUUCCAUGUAGUAGUCCCUUACACCGUGCCUCAAUACGUUAUCUCUGGAUUCAUCAUGUUUGUUUCUGCUGAAGUUCUUGAAGGUGUGAACUUAUCGUUACUAUCGAGAGUAAUGUCAUCGAGGCUGUCACGUGGGACGUACAAUGGAGGUUUAUUGUCGACGGAGGCAGGCACCAUCGCACGUGUGAUUGCUGAUGCAACUAUCACCGUUGCUGGGUUCUUGGGGCAGAGUAUGCUUUUGAAUGUUACUCUGCUUCCUUCUCUUAUUAUAUGUGUUGGGUCUAUUGUAGCUACUUGUUUUACUUUCAACUCCCUGUAUUAGUGUUUCUUUCACAACUUUUUCUGCAUAGAAGUCCAGAUUUCAGAGCUUUGUAGCAGCAUUGCAAGCACGGUUUGUAGUAUUGUGGUUAUGGACAUGCUUAUCUUUGUGUACUUUAGUGUUUGGUCAUAUAGAUUGUACUUCAGACCGUUUCAUAUUUACUUAUCUAGUAACAUUUCUUUGUCUACUA